AGGUUCAGGGCCAGGUGGUAAACCUCACAGCGAGCCUUUUGUCUACCAAGGCGGAGAACAGUCGUCUCACACAGCGCCAGCACCACCCGCCGAACGCCCACAUGGGUUACGGCGGUGACCCCAACGGUGCCAUCCCCCGGGGUGCCGACAGCGCACGUCACGCCAAGGCUGCGGGCUUUCCUCAGGAGGGGAGGCACGGCAUAAACACUGAUGGCGUCAUCAGGAAUAGAAACUAUCCAGAUUACGACGUGAGGCCAGGCCAAGGAGAUAGUCGAGCUGGCGUGCAGAAUCCUGUCGGGGUUGGUGGGGGUAUGGGGAAUUAUGACGAAUUACAAGAUGCGCGGAUCGGGGGCGUUAGGUUGGGGGAUACCGCUCAGGGGGUCGGCCCUGCUCCUAUUGGUGGCAUCUACAGAGAAAAGACAGCCUUGGGGGAACCCGUUCUGAAUACGGAGCAGCAAUUUGCUUACGUGGAGAGAGAGAAACGUCAGCCGUAUGGCGUAAAGCCAGCGGGGUUUGCUGGGAGAGGGAAUGGCUUUGAGGCGCGACAGAUUAUGCCAGGAGACAUGAUGGGGAAUCCCGUAAAUAUUCAGUACUUGGGAGAUCAGAGAUUUGGAGCUGUAAACUCGAGGAAUCUGGGAAAUCUAAACGAAGCCGGUAGCAGAAAUAUGAUAGACAGACACGCGCUCGGGGUGGUGGGAGACACAGAUGGUGUAAAGACGGCCGGACUUGUGGAUGGUAUGAAUGUGGAGGACACACGAGGGGUUGCUGCGAUGGGAUUAGAAAGGGUGCCGCGCAGCGCCCCCGUGGGGCAAGAAGUGAAGAAAGCUCAGUCGGAUGUUGGUGGUACAGGUGUUAAACAGACGGAAAGUGAUUCGUUGAACGAAGAUAAGACGAGGGCGGCGACGAGCGGUGGUGAGAGCAAAGUAAACGAAACGGCCGAGUUCAUUAAGUACUUUCAGGAGCAUCUCAAAUCUGCUGAGAUCUUGAAGGGUCAGCCUUAUAAAACAGAAUACGAGCUUAUCCCCUUUAACAGGUUUAUAUUUAACCGAAUUUUUAUGGUAGAUCCAGGGUUGGGUAAAAGGGUUGUGGAAAAACCUAUAGGAUCGAAAAAGAAAGACUUAAACGAGAUCAUGUAUCACGCAGUAGAAAGUUUGAAUAAAAACAGGUCUUCUGACAAUUUAUACACCCAUGACGACUUCGUGGAAGGGUUGUACCGGACAGACCCAACCUCUGGCUCUCACUUUGAGCUUUUUUUCAACGACAGAGACAGCCCCGACCCCCAACAGAAACACUCGUACGUAAAGAUCUCCAUCCUUCGGCCCUUCGCGCCGCCUGUGACCGUCCAGCACCGGUCAGUGGACACGACCACCGAGUGGAUCAACAUCAUCCUCCCUCUGUCCGGCAGGGUGGACGCGUUCCGCAUCUUCAUGGAGCAGUUCACCUCGGUGUGCGUCAAGCACGACAAGCGAGUCUACCUCACCGUGGUCUACUUCGGUGUCCCGGGUCUCAAGGAGGUCAAGGCCAUCAUGAGUCACGUGGCCAAGACGCACAAGUUCAAGCUCAUGAAGCUGGUGACCUUGAACGAAACUUUCGCCAGGGGGCGGGGUCUUCAGAUCGGUGCGCUCAACUGGAAAGGCGGGGAUGCGCUGUUGUUUUUCUGUGACGUAGACAUCGUGUUUACUGCUGAGUUCCUCGAGCGAUGUCGACUGAACACGGAGCGGGGUCAGAGGGUCUAUUACCCGAUCGUAUUCAGCCUGUACAACCCCAGGGUGGUCUACUCUCUGCAAGAUGUCCCCAUCCCGAGCCUGCAAGACCAGCUAGUCUUGUCCAAGGACACGGGAUUCUGGCGGGACUUUGGCUACGGUAUGACCUGUCAGUACCGAUCGGAUUUCCUCAAAAUCAAAGGUUUCGACGAACAGAUCACCGGUUGGGGUGGUGAAGACGUGUUUCUUUAUCAGAAAUUCGUCCGCAGCGAUUACUUCGUUAUUCGAGCCACAGACCCAGCGAUAUUCCAUCUGUGGCAUGAGAAAUAUUGUGACCCGACUCUCAGUGCGGAGCAGUAUCGAAGCUGUAUUAGAUCGAAGGCUCUGAACGAGGCGUCACACCCUCAGCUGGGUCUGUUGGCCUUCAAGGAUGAGGUGGACGUUCACAGGAGUGUCAGCGAGAGGAACCUCAUCGCCGUACGUGCAGCGGCUGCCGAAGGUAAGGAGAGUGCUGCUGCGGCUGCCAAUGCCAAUGCGCAGACGUGAUACAUGCGCUCUCGAGCCGACAUUAUGGAUAGUUGGUUCUGCUAAGAACUUUACUGCAAAGUCGUGAUACACAUGCCCAACAGCCAGCAUUUUGGACAGUUCAGCUAAUACUAUAACGUCAAUGUACAAGCAUAAUGCAUGCACACAUAUACACUCUCAUCGGUUGACAUUACUUAAGGACAGCGGUGUUGGCAUCGUCAAAGCACAGGCUUGAUAUGUGCGCACUUACCUUGUCAGUUCGUUUAUUUAAAACGCUGCUGUUUGUGUGUGUGAGUUAAAGAAGAGCGCGAGGAUAUGAUAAGGACAGGAUCUACCCCUUUUGUACAAAGCGAUCGCAUCAGGUGCUCUUCUCACAAUACACGAGACAAAGUAGGCUGCGGUCACGCUCAACGCUACCGGAUAUACCCCUACUGACAAAUAAAGUGGAGAACAAGAAACGAGCUUCAGCACCAAGUGAAAGGAAUGAUUUUGUCCUGGUAGCUAGAAACAAGAAUGAAAGUCGUCGAACUUGCUUUGGAAG